ACGCCGUUGAGAAGGGCAAUUUUGGUAUACUAUUAAUUAAUUUCGGUUUCUAACACCGUUUAACCAUAUAUGAUAUUCAUUUUUUGGCGCAUCAUCACUUUUCCCGGUUUAGCUACUCCUACUAUCUUCCCCCACUCGAAUUUAGCAAACCAGUCCCUUGGAAUUCCUCUAUUUACAUGUCCUACCCAUGAAAUUUUCAUCUCCAUCCAUCCAUGCCCUUAUCUUUCAAUCCUGCACUUGACAGGAAAACAGAAUGCUAUUCUCCUGUUCAACUUUGUGAAUUUUACAUGUAUAUUCGAUCUUAAUUUGUGAAACUUCGGUAUUUGGUUUUUUGGCUGCGAUGAAGAUCGAGGACUUGGAGGAUUUAGAAUGCGAUCUAGGUCAAAACGACAGCGUUGAUGCAAAGCAGCUGGUGAAGGUGGACGCGAAGAGGGCGCUGGUGGGAGCCGGUGCUCGGAUCCUGUUUUACCCGACCCUUCUGUAUAAUGUGUUUAGGAACAAAAUCCAAGCCGAGUUCCGAUGGUGGGACGAAGUUGACCAGUACCUUUUACUGGGUGCGGUUCCAUUUCCUAAGGAUGUUCCGCGGUUGAAGCAGCUUGGUGUUGGUGGCGUCAUUACUCUCAAUGAGCCUUAUGAAACUUUGGUUUCCUCAUCCCUGUAUCAUGCCCAUGGCAUUGAACACCUUGUAAUUCCCACGAGAGAUUAUCUCUUUGCUCCUUCUUUUGUGGAUAUCAGCCGAGCUGUGGACUUCAUUCACGAGAAUGCAUCCUGUGGUAGAACUACAUAUGUUCACUGUAAAGCUGGACGAGGAAGGAGUACAACUAUCGUGCUUUGUUAUUUGGUAAAGUAUAAGCACAUGACACCAACAACUGCUCUAGAAUAUGUGCGCGCUAGAAGACCUAGGGUGUUGCUUGCUCCAUCACAGUGGAAGGCUGUCCAAGAAUACAGCCGGCGCCGACUACCUCCGACUGCGCAGUCUCCCUCCGGGGAUGCAGUUCUGAUAACCAAAGCAGAUCUAGAAGGAUAUCAUAGCGCAUGUGAUGAUGAAACUGUCCAUAAGGAACUGGCAGUUGUGCCUAAAAUCAAGGGCAGGCCCAUGAUGGCUAUGUUAUCUUGUCUCUUUGCUUCCUUGAAAGUUUCUGGUGUAUCGGGACCUGUUACAAGUCGGUUGCCUGAGGCACGUGCUUGCUGAGCCCCAGAAUCCUUCAUGAAUGUUGUGAGGUUGUCUUGCUGUAAACAAAAGCUUCAUGAAAUAAGUAUGGAGUUUUCGCAUUAACCCUAAUUGAACAGAAAUGAUAGUGGAAAAGUUCUUUAAUGUUGCAUAAAUCGAAGUGCAAGCAGUAGCCAGUAGAGGAAUAAUUUGCAACUGUUGUACAUGACACUUCUAUCAUUUUUUUCUUUUUAUAUAAACUCUUUAUAGUCAUUUGUGAUUUGUAACCUGGUUCUCUGUAAGAACUGAGAAAUUUACUGCAAGUGAGUUUGAUCCAUAUGAAGAAAAAGUUGAUGCAGAAUGUAUGGAAUUAUUUUCAAAUGGAUCAUUUGUUACAUAUGUAA